CAAUGGAAGAACAGAAGGUAAUUGAGGGUGACUAUUUUUCCGUCUCGUGUAACUUCACCGAGGGAAACCCACCAUCUACAACAGUGUACUGGACCAAGGACGAUCCAUACUUCAGACAAUCUCAACAAUAUCUCACUAUAACAAAUGUUUCAAGAAGUGAUUCGGGGACAUAUGUGUGUUUUGCAGAGAACACUUACAGUAGCGGAAGGAAAGGAACUUCCAAUAAUACAAUGGAGCUAGAUGUGCAGUACCCUCCCAGAAUAUCUCUACCUUCUACUUUAAAACCAGUGGAGGGGGAAUACCUUACUGUUGUUUGUAACGUCACUGAAGGGAAUCCCAGACCAGUCACAAAGAUAUCCUGGUACAAAUCAGGUCACGGAUUCUUCAAAAAUGGGAAAAUAUUGAGCUUUCCAAACAUAACGAGAUCACAUUCUGGAACAUACACAUGCACUGCUGAAAACACUUAUUUCAGUGGAGCAAGAGGGAGUGAUAAACAGUCCAUCACGAUUGAUGUAGAAUAUCCUCCAAGAGUUUCACUAUUUUCUACUAAGUAUCCCGUGGAAUAUAGCAGCCUUUACGUUACCUGUUCGGCAACUAAUGGAAACCCAUCGACCACACUCUUUUACUGGAAAAAAUCGGGGGACAGUGAUUUUCAGCUGAAUGAUGCUAAUUUACGUCUGUACAGUAUAAACAGGAAUCAGUCUGGAACUUAUAUAUGUACUGCAGAGAAUACUUACUCGUCUGGAUCAAAAGGCAGCGACUCUCAGCAACUUGUGGUGGAUGUUCAGUAUCCUCCUUUGGUAUCCGAUAUCUCUGACAUAAGACGAGUGGAACAUGACAACGUUACAGUGCAGUGCAACGUCACUAAAGGAAAUCCAUCUUCAACAAAUAUCUUCUGGACCAAAUCAGGAAGUUCCAGCGUCCAACAGUCCGGUUCUACACUUGUGUUGAAUAGCAUUAGGAGAAGUCAAAAAGGAAGCUAUUACUGUGUCGCAGAAAAUUCGUAUAAUAUUGGACGAAAUGGCAGAGGAGAAAAAUCAUUCUUUGUGGAUGUUUUGUAUGGACCUACUCUUACUGGAGGGACAGUGACGGUCUCUGAGGGACAACAGGCCAGCAUGACCGCCACGGUGACCAGUAACCCGCCCUCUAGAGUGUCAUGGUUCAGGGGCAGUGAUCUACUUUAUACCCAGGGGUCCGCCAGUGGGGUUUCAACUUACACCAUAUCCUCGGCUCAGUGUACUGAUACGGUGCAAUUCAGGGUAGUUGCUAGCAACGGGAUCCAAAAUAACGCCUCAACAACCGUAUACCUCUACGUCUACUGUUCACCGCGUUUAAAUUCCUCUGGAAGUUCGGUUUUCAUUUCAAUAGGAAACAACAAAUACAUGGACGGCCAGGUCACCAUCUUAUCGUAUCCACAGCCCAACUACACACUGACCCUCCCAAAUGGUGCUCCGAAUACGAACAUCAGUCUCAGUAUAUCCACCAUUACAACGAACAUCUACCGCAUCAAACUGCGCAAGUCAAAUAUUCAGCCAAAGGAUCAUGGGACAUAUAAAAUGAUCGUUUCAAACGCAUACGGAACAAGAAUACUAGAUAUUAAUGUUCACCCUGAAAGCAAACCUUUAAAAACAGAUCAAGUAUUUGUUUCUUGUGGAAACAGAAAAGCUUACAUUACUUGGCAGUCCUCUUACUUUGGUUACGAGGCUCAAAAUUCACUUGUUCAAUACUCGACAAAACCUGACAGUGUAGCCUUUUUCAACGGCUCAGGCCUCACACCUGAAAGAAUUGAACAAGAACUCUUACAUGUCACAGUUUCCGGUCUACAAGACAAUACAAAGUACUUCUUUAGAGUGGCCUCCAUUAAUAGAUAUGGCGUCUCUCUGUCAUCGGUUGUCGACUGCACCACGGAAACUAAAAAUGAGGAAACGUGGACUGCAAGCGUCGCUACUGGAACUGUCCUGGGAAUCUUGCUAGCUCUGAGCAUUGUAGCAUUGGCCUUUGUGUCUUAUAAUUACUUUCAAGAGAGAAAAGCCAAGAAAGCAAGGUUCGUAAUUUUCAAGUCAGGACCAUAUGAUGCAAUUGAAAAGGGAAAAACCGAAGACAUCAACUUGUAUGAAAAAUACACGUAUCAAAACAGAGAGAAUGGAAAUCCUGAUACAGAAUGGCCGUCAGAAUUAUCAAUCAAUAAUUUGUACUCUUCAGAACCUCAACAAAAAGACCAAGUCGUAGAAAGGAUUUACGAAAACACAAGUCUAGUUAAGUCCUCGAAAGACAAAUUAAAACCAGAGAUAAAACCAAAGCCCCAGAAGUUACCGAAACCGAUUACUUAAUAUUUCUCUGUAAUAUAUUUAAAAAAACAAUUGCAUCUUUUUUUAUCCUUACUGUCAUGUUUAUAAUUUUAAUAUUUUAAGAAAUAGAUGCUGUGAUUGAUUGUUGUAUAUCGUCAUUUUUAGCACAGAUC